AUGGCCGACCAAGAUCAAAGCAAUCCUCUUUCCCCGUACCGCUCCGAUGGCAAGCUCUACGGCUUCGUCUGCAUCGUGACAGGCGCCACCUCGCCUAUUGGUAAAGCCAUCGUGGCCGAGCUCGCAGCUCAUGGAGCCGCAUGCGUGUACGCUUGCUCUGCGAGUCCGUCAGAUGACUUUGCUAGUCUGGCGGAUGGAGUGAACGAGCAGUUUCCGAAUACGAAGGUCAUUGGAUACCCGUUUCGCAAUGCUAGCGAGGAGGAUACAUUGGGAUUGAUCGACGAUGCGCUGAAUGCUUGGGGAAGGCUGGACAUCUAUGUCGCCACCUCCGUCCUUCACGGUCCAUCUUCCAUUUCCGAAACUACGCCGAAUGAUCUGAUCAAGCUCUUCGAAGCCAAUUCCAUGGCAGCAUUCUUCGCGUUGAAAUACGCUCCCCCUGCCAUGCAGAAGCUCUCCCCUCAAAAGUCCUACCCCAACGCAAGCCCUAAACCACAGCCCUACGGCAGCAUCAUCGUCGUGACCACGACAGCCAGCAUCAAUGGGGGAAGUUCGAACCAUGGCCCAGCUCUGACCAUGUCCUCGCAUGCCGCGCUAGGAGUCGUCAAAGCCGGUGUCUCGGUGCUGAAGGGCACGGGUGUGAGGAUCAAUUGUGUUUCCGCUGGGGACGUCGACGAUGGUAGUAAGUCCGCUGCCGCGGAGAUGAGUGGGAGUGGGAAGACGGAAGGAUCAGAGAGGGUUGGUCUGCCGGUCGAGGUGGCUAGGGUGGCAGGUUUCCUCGCGAGCGGGUUUUCGAGCUAUGUUUCCGGCACGAAUAUGGUCGUCGAUGGAGGGAGAAGUAGUAUGUGAGCGAGGAACGAGAUACGCUGGGAUUUGUGCAAUGUCUCACGAAGCUGGUCUCAGUGUCGGUCCCAUGAAAAGCGGCGGUACUUUGACAGGUCAGUCGUACGUCUUAUCCAGCGUACUGACUGCUAACUCAUCGGCACGCCAGUGGAGUGUAUCACUUGCGUAAGUUGACCCACACCACAACUGACACCGACCGGAGGUUAUUGAGACGCUUAGUGGAGCCGCUCACCGACUCAGGCGUACGAGCACCGAGACUGCAAGCUUAAACACCAGUACUAUUUGCAUCUGAUCUCGCCUCCUCACAUGGAGGCGCCUGCAGUUUUGUAAUGUCGUAAAAUGCUCGUAUGCUGCGCCUGUCAAAUCAAAGUAUCUUGCC